CCGUCUCUCGACAAACAACAAUCAUCUUUUAGCUUCCGACAAACGGUAUGACUUGCCCGAAAAGUCGGCUAUUACAGGUCACUUUUAACCAAAACUAGAAUAUGUAUUUACAACUGAGGAAUCAAGAAUAAAUCUACUGUAAAUUAUUGAGCACACGAAGUUGAUACCGCAUUUGUAGCUGAACUGUGGGCAAAAUGGUCGCUUCCGUUCGACGAGCUUGGAGACGGGCGCAGAGUAUAUCAUCGCACUGGGUGGUUUGGGCCCGGAACACUGCGGUGAAGGUCGUGCUGCUCACCGCUCUAACGACUUUUCAGCUGUGGCUGGCAUUCUUCUUGUAUGGGACUUUUUAUUAUGCUUACAUGCCAACAGAAUUGCAUACAAAACCAGUUUAUCUUGAUUAUGGUUUAUGCGAUCGUUUUGAUGGAAGUGAAGCAUGCCCUUUCCCUCAGACCAACAUCAGUCUAGUAAAACAUCCAGGUCAAGAAAGGUUAUUCAUGCCAGGUCAGAAGUAUCAUGUGAGAUUGGAUAUGGAUAUGCCUCAGUCUCCUGUCAAUGAAAACCUAGGAGUCUUCAUGAUCAAGAUCCAAACAUUUUCAAAAUCUGGUGAAAUUACUUCAAAAUCAUCUAGACCAGCCAUGAUACGAUAUCGCUCCCCUCUGCUCAAAAUGAUCAACGUUGUGUUUCUUGCACCACUCUAUCUGACGGGAUACACAGAAGAAAAACAGAAUCUACAAGUAAACUUAAUAGAUGACUUUGUCGACAAUGCUUACAAACCUACUAUCAAAAUUGGACUGGAAGUGAGAGCCAAGAAAAUUGAAACGUAUGCUGCUGUACUCAAGGUCCAUGCCCAGUUCACAGGAUUACGGUACCUCAUGUUUUACUGGCCUGUGAGCUCAGUCGUGGUCAGCGUCAUCUCUAACUUCUGCUUCUUGACGGUGCUGACGAUGAUGAUGUGGCAGCAGUGCGUGGGUUACCUGAUAGAUGACCCUAGUCUAGAGGAGAGAGAGGUACCCACCACCUCAACGGUGCUCAGCUAUGAAGAGAGACGAAGGAUGGCCAGGCAGAGUAUGGGACAAGAAAGAUCAGCACUAUUCCGGAAUCGUCCACCCCACGUGACCAUCAUCGAUCCAUUAGACCCUGCACCUCAUCAUGCUCAAAUCACUCCAUCCACAUCCACCACCAGCCAGCAGCCAGGACCCUCCUCCCACCGCCCAGCCUCCUCCUCCGGUAGUAAGAGCCCCCAGAGGAACGUCCGUAAGAGGGCAUCAAGAACACCUGAUGGGGGCCUUGCUCAAGAUGAAGGCGGAGCUCUACCAGAAGCACCCAGCUCGGGGAUCAGCAGCGACAACAGUGACUCCAAUCAGAAGGGAGGGAUCAAGCACAAGGUGGAAACACUCAAAGGCGAUGAUAGUUUAUCAAGUUACUCGGAUGACACCACGAGCGACGAUCCACCCCCAGGGUUGGAGGAUAAUAAGGAUGAGGUUUAUUAUAAGAAGGACGAGGAGGAGGAGAAUAUAGAUGAAGUUGCAGACUUAAAUGAAAAUGUGGCUAGUCCACAACCAACCUCAGGGAUACUAAGGAAUCGCAAUUUCAAAACAUCUUAACACCUUUUACUAUUGAUAGAUUUAGGAACAUUCUUGUGCUUGUGUGAGUGAGGUAGAAUAUUAAGAUUAGGUCCGAGCCAUCACAGUUUCCUUUAAAUCGUGGCCCAAUGGCUGAGAGCCGGUCAGGCCCCGAUGCAGUACAGACUUUGUAUUGAAUCUGAACCCACCUAAAACUUGGCUUGAGGAGGUGAGAAAGAUGGCUAAAAUUUCACUUUUCAUACAAAAGUCAAAUUUUGAUAAAAAAAGAUAAUAGUAUUCUUUCAUUU